AUGAUUAUUGUAUUGCUAAUAUUACUAUUUGAUGUUAAUGCAGAUUGGUACCAUAGCACUUUAGCAUUCACAUUGGCUGCAAAUAACUAUCAAUAACACUUGGGGAAGUAGAAACAUGUAAAUUUCUUUACUCCGUGGUGUAUAUAUUGUCAACAUAUGGCAGGAGAAUUUAAUUAAGUGUUUGAACACUACAAAGCAACCAGGCCAGAUAUCUUGAUUGCUAAGAUGAAUUGUGAAGAGUAACAAAAUAGGCAUAUUUGUCAUCAUUUUGGGGUGCAUUCAUUUCCAACAAUUUUUUACUUUCCUCCUGGAUAGGAUAAACCGACUUCAUAGUUUGAGAAUCACAGGAGAUUUGAAUUCUUUGUUUAAUGGAUUGACUCGCUGGCAGAGUCUGGAAAAUAAAAAAUGGAGAAGAUGUUAAGGGAGCAAGAAUAAUAAGAGUAACGAUUAAAAGAGAUGAUGGAAUUGGAGAAAUAGAAGGAAAUUGAAUUUGAAGAGCAAGAAAUAAAAAAAGAAGAAGAAAUAAAGAUAUCGCAAUUUAUUUAAUUGUAAAUUACGGAAGCCAAUACUUUUAAUGGGACAAUCAAAGGGGUGGAAAAGGAAAUCUAGACUUUGCAAUAGAAAACAGCAGAAUUGAAUAUCAAAUUGGGGUAGAUGAGGAAAAUGACGAGAGUUAAUGUAAAUCAUGCUUUGGUGUUUGGGAUCAUAGGGUUAUUUAUUGGAGUGGCGAUGACCUCUUGUGUAUGUUUAUUUCAAAAGACAAAUCAUGUUUAUGCAGAAAAAGGAGUUUGA